AUGAGCUCUUUUUGGCUUUCAAAGAGAUUUCCUUUUUUCUGGAGGUCCAAAAUACAAGAUGAUGUGACAAGACCACUCAUAACAAAGGUAACCAAUAGGAAUGGCACUCAAUACCAGGGCACAGAUAUCAGCACAGAGAGCCAAACUGUUUCAAGCUCAUCAAACCAUAAUGAGCAAACCGAGCUGUCUUCUUGGACCUUUUAUUUACAGACCCAAAGACCCUCUGAUCUGACGUUCUUUCUGCAGAAAUAUGUGCUGUUUACUAGCAACUUUUUCUUCUCUGUGCUGGGCUUGGCCACCUUAGGAAUUGGUUUCUGGGGUCUUACAAACAAGGAGUCCUUCGCUCAGGAGAAGCUGGAUGGCCUUGGCACUGAUCCCAUGCUGCUCUUAGUUUUUCUUGGUGUGCUGCUUUCACUUCUUUGUCUGACAGGCUGUGUGGGAGCACUAAGGGAGAAUUACUGCCUGCUGCGUACUUUCUCUGCAAUGCUUCUAGUCCUUGUAGCUGCUCAGUUCCUGGUGGCCAUUGUGGCCUACAGCAUGCAGGGCUGGAUUACCGAACUGCUGAGCUCAGCCAUGCUGAUGGCUAUGACACGCUACCAGGACGACCUGGACCUGAGGUUUAUCACAGACGAGAUCCAGGUUGGGCUGCAGUGCUGUGGGGUGGAUAACUACCGAGACUGGGAGGUCAACCAGUACUUUAACUGCUCAUCUCCUGGCGUGCAGGCAUGUGGCGUUCCUCCCUCCUGCUGCGUGGAUCCACUGGAAAAUGGCACAGUGUGGAAUUCACAAUGUGGCCUUAGGGGACAGCAGCUGGAUGAGUUCUCAGCUCAAAGUGUGAUUUUCCUGGGUGGUUGUCUGGGCAGUAUUUCACGCUGGAUCAGCCUGCACUCUGAGGUUAUUGGCAUAGUAACAGCUGUCCUGCUCGGAGUUCAGAUCCUCACAUUGAUCAUUACUACAUGCUUGCUGGACAGGAUCCAAUGGAACAAAACACAAGCAUGGCAAAGAAAAGCAUGA